AUGUGGAUAUUGCGAGACGGCCUUUCCGUUGUAUUCGAGGCGAUGGAGAUGAAACUUAAUGGGAGCUUUGGCUUCUGCAAUAGUUCCGCAGCAGGUGCACCCGAAAUAUCCCCCACCCUUAUGGCUGUAUCCAUGAGACUCGCUGCAGCAGCCGAAUUUACAAAUUUGCCCUCCACCAUACACUCCACCGUGGCUGAACCCUCCCGAGUAUCCGCCUGCCCCUCCACCGCCCUCAGCCCCACCCUCUGCUCCACCUCCCUCAGCUCCACCACCGCCAGGCCCACCACCGCCAGGUCCACCGCCGCCAGGCCCACCACCGCCAGGCCCACCGCCAACAGGUCCACCACCGCCAGGUCCACCGCCGCCAGGCCCACCACCACCACCGGCGGCUCCACCACCACCACCACCACUUGCCCAGGCACCGGCACCGGCACCACCAGUAUAAGGAAUUGGAAUGGCAGGGUAACCGCCAAAAGUGGUGGGAUGCUUCAUUGGUUCAUCGCCUACAAUAUCAAUAAUGGCGGAUUGUUGGCUUCUUCUGUUGGUAGGAACCUAGGGAUUGUGCAUGCUGGUCAGGGGCUGGUGAAGCCUGCUUUUGUUGAUGGGUCAUAUUGUGCAUUGGGCCAGUAUGGGGCACUCAUGCCCUCCGCCUUUGCCGCCACCUUGACCACCACCACCUCCUUUGCCUCCGCCAUGUCCGCCGCCGCCACCUCCUCCUUUGCCUCCGCCAUGCCCACCGCCACCACCUCCUCCUUUGCCUCCGCCAUGUCCACCGCCGCUGCCGCCUUUGCCUCCUCCGUGGCCGCCACCGCCAUGUCCACCACCUCCAUCUUCCGGCUCGAUUUCAUUCUCUGCAUUUUCACAAGAGACGAAAAGCAAUAA